AUGUAUUUUAACCCUCGGGUAAAACGACCGCCAGUGAUUUCAAGCGCGCUCAGCCCAGAGAGCAGUACCAGCAGCAGCGCGGAGGCUACGGCGGGCGCAGCGGCCGAGGAGGCGGCGGAGGCGGAGGCUGGAACCAGAGCUACGGGAGCUACGGCGGCGGUUAUGGAGGCGGGUAUGGCGGUGGUUAUGGAGGAGGCUACGGCGGCUACGGUAGCGGCUACAGCGGCGGCUACGGUCAAUACGGAGGCGGCGGAUACGGAGGCUAUGACUACUACCCGCAGGGAUACGACUACGACCAAGGAAGCUACGGGAAAACUCCACGACGUCACGCGGGCGGGUUCCGGCCGUACUGACUGUGACGAUGGGACUCCUCUGGGACUGACAGACCUCUUUUUAUGA